AUUUACUCCUGUUCAGUGGUGCGAGAGUGAGCUCAGUUGGACGUAGGAUUUAACGGACAAACUCACAUCUAGUUCGAUUCAGGAUGGAAAUCAAUAGAACAUCCCUCCUUAUGGGAGGGCUCUUCCAGAUCAUCUUACUUUUGUACCGUCAGCCAACUGCACUAGCUGCUUCAAGUGGAGUGGAUUUUUACAAAGAUAUAAUUCGUGAGCAAGUUGAUGAAGAUGGAUGCCCGACGAUGUUCAACACAGGAGAACUUGGAGAUCUAAAAUUUUUUUUCUGCAGGACACCUAUUUCUACCUUUCCGGAUGUGAACGCAAGAGAUUUGUACGAAAAACGGACUGUCAAUAAAUACAAAAAUAUGAUGCUCAACAAAGAUGCUAUCGAUACACUAGCAGAAGAGCCCGAGGAGCAUAAAGAGGCUGCACGCUUCAUGUUUCCUCGAGUGGCACCGAAACGAACACCUGGAGCGAUUCUCAGUUGGGCUAUUCCGGCAGCAAAUCGAGUCCGUGUAAUCAGCACCAAUUAUAGACCGCCUGGGAUGAAUAGGCCAGCUGCUUAAGCUACACGCUGGUAGCAAUUUACCAACUAGUGUACUGCUUUUACUGUUGACCUUGAAGCAUUCAUAAAAACUUGCAGAAAAUGAAAACGCGCUACAGAAUCCAGUAGUCAAAUUUUUUUUAUCAUUCAAUCUGCCAGUAAUAAUGGACAACUUCAAAACCUUUGGUGAUUUUCGAAAAAUACUAGCAUCAAUAUGGAUUUAGAUUAAGUUCUGUUCUGCUAAUAAAAUUGUUGAAAUAAGAGUGUUCAAA